AUGAGGGCUGUCAGUUUUGUUAAAAGAUUACAGUGGGAAUUACCAGGUACUAUAUGUAGACAUGGACUAACGAUAGGAGAUGUCGACAAUGAUGGAGAUAACGAAUUAGUAGUAGGCACAGCAGAAGGAGAGCUUUAUAUUUUUAAAGGAUCUGAAUUAUGGCAGAAAAUAACUGGCCUUGGACUUGUAACUAGUGUAGCUAUAGGUGAUAUUUUCAAUUACGGAAGAAAUGCAUUAGUUGUUAUAUGUGGAGAUGGCUGGGCACAUAUUUUUUAUAGUCCAAGAUCUGUUAAUCCUAGUAAUGUACCAUCUUUAUUAACACAAUUACAAUUACAUAAAGAAGAUGAACAAGAAAAUCUUAAGGCUGUUACAGAUAUUGGUACAAUUAUUAAUAUGACAAGUUCACCAAGUUCAGAACAUGUAGAUAAUAUUAGUGAAAUAAACGAAUUGUCUGGAAAAAUGGAAUGUGUACAUGUACAAAGAAUACCAACAAAUACAAAGGUAGUGUUGGUAGCUGAUAUUGAUAAAGAUGGUGCAAAUGAAAUGAUACUUGGAUUAACAGACCGUGUUGUCAGAUCAUAUAGGUGGUCCAGUAAUACAGAUUUUGGGACUGGAAGACUAGUUGGUUUAAAUAAAUGGGAAUGUGCCAAUCAAAUUGGAACAGUUACGCUACAGCAUUCAAGAGACGGAACUCCAACAUUGUUAGUUGCCCAACCAGGUGGUACCUUCAUGCGAAUUAAGUGCAAUGCAGAAGACAAUAAAUUAGAAAAUGAAUCCUGCGAAGGAGAUAGCGAAGUAGCCGCGAGUUGUGUCGAUUAUCAAACUUUAGGAAUAUCUAGAAUGAGAAAUCAAAAUAUAUCUACUGAAAUUAUAGGAGAUCUCGAAUCAGGAAUGAUAUCUUUGAUGGCAUCAUUGGAAUCUAAGGUACCAAAGAAUAUACAACAGGAUACUCCAGCUAAACAAUCUUCUAUCGAUGACAGUCAGUCAAGUUUAAGUAAUAUCAAAUCUUUAUUGGUUGAAACUAAAUCAAGUCAUCUUCAAUCAGAAUUCAGAGGGUGCGAUGCAGAUGCUGCAGGCGUGGAUCAAGUGGAUGGUAAUCUUGUGGGUGGUAACGUUAUUCUCGGAGAAUUUGAUUCUAAUCCGAAGAAAGAUCUGCCGUUACCUACGUACGAAGAUUUUUCUUAUAAUAAUAAUAAUAAUAAUAAUAAUAAUAAUAAUAAUAAUAAUAGUAAUAAAAACAACAACAACGUCAACAAUAAUAAUACAGAAGUACAAAACGAAAACAAUAAGGAUGACGAGUUAGACGAAUCGAAAGAAAAUUCUUCAAAAGGAAAGCCAUAUGCUCUUGCGACUUUGGACGGUACUAUAAUGUUAGUAAAGGAUGAAAAUAUAUUGUGGGCAAUGCAAGUGGAUCAUCAGAUAUUUGCUCUUUGUCGUUUGGAUGUGACCAACGAUGGUUCAGAUGAAAUAAUUGCAUGCGCUUGGGAUGGUCAAACAUAUAUCUUGGAUCAACAAAGAAAUAGCGUACGUUUCCAAUUCGAAGAACCAGUUAGAGCAUUUUGUACAGGUUAUUACAAUGUUGUGCAACGUACUUCUACACCUUGCCUCGUUUAUAAUACUUUUAAUAACAAAAUAUUCCUUUAUUACGACGUGACGCUUCCAAACAUGGUCAUUAGUCCAUUGAAUCCUACUGUAGAUUUGGAUGAAGAAGAACGGAAAAUUUUGGACGAGAUAUUAGGUGAAUCCGAUGAAACUGAGAAACAACGUCGAAUGCAACAACUAACGGAAUGGUUGCUAUAUGGAACCCAUUAGAAAGUGGAUAACGAUAGAAAAAAAAAAAAAAAGAGAGGAAAAAAAAUAUACACUAUAUAUAUUCUUAUUAAAA